AUGAGCAUGAACCGACGCAGGGGUCCAGCAAUCACCGCCACCGAGACCAGUGACAUUGUCUCUUCCACACGCUCUCGACGGUCGACUCUCUCCACCGCCGCUGCCGCUACCGCCACUGCCCAUGCCAUCGACAACAAAGUCGACACCGACAAGGACAACGAUCUCCCUACUCCUCUCACUACCAACAUUACCACUGAGAACAUCACAAACGUCAGCAACUUGGCCUCGUCCUCAUCCCACGCCCAACCAUCAUCCUUGACGUCAAAUGCCUCAGCAGGAUCAUCCGCAACCACUCGGAGACGCGGGACGCGUCCUGGAAUGAAAAGCAACAAUGGGGGUGGGAGGAUGGACAAGGACGGUGGUACAGCUGGAAGAGCAGGGUCAGAUUUAGACUCAGAGGUUGAGAUGCCUCGUCGAGAAACCUUUGGGACCAGCAACAGCAACAACUUUGUGAACCAGUCCCGGUUCACAGCUUCACCUGUCAAGGAAGUCGGGGGGGCUAUGGACGUCCUGGACCUGCAGGACCCUUUGAGCAGCCCCAGCCCCCGGAAGGCAACAUCCGCCAUUACUGGAAACACCGAGCUUCUGGCCCUUCAGGACUAUUUUUCCGACGCGUCACCGUUGCCAAUCCGUGUUACCCGAGAUGAGCCAGCUCAAGAUAAGAAGAGGGAACAACAGGAGCAGCAGGUUGAUGUUGACGAUAUGAUUUCCAGGCUCUCGCUUUCGCCGCCUCCACCUCCGGACAUGUUUGAGCUCAUGGACGACGAGGAUUACAUUGAUGGAGGAAGCAAGUCAGGAACGGGGUUUGCGCCUUGGUUGAUGCACUUUGAUUCAGAGGAGACUACUCCAGCGUUUAAACUUCGUACUGUCUUGGAUCUCAGAGUCUCGGAUCUCGAGACAAGUCAUCAUCAGUCUUCCGUCGGCGCAACCUCGCUCGCGAAUGAUUUCGGCGGACAGGAUAUGGAGGUGGAUGAGGAUAAGGAAGGCGAUGAUCCAUUUGGGUUCUUCAAGGCCGAACGAAAGCUCAGCAGGAGAUGGAGUUCACGUCCCAGCCACAGGCUUUCGGCCAUCAACGAGCGGGUCUACCGACCUGAUGCUGUCAUGAACAACAGGAGGCCACUGCGUAGCCCGCUGAGUAACUUGCGUGCUGACAACAACAACGGCGCCGCCGCCGUCAGUGGCAUCAACAGUGGUGGAAACGUGAGUCUGGGGAAGGUUGUUAUGGAGCGCGCUGCAGCACGUAGGAGGGGUGGAGCCGGUCAGAGCAGCAGUGACAAAGGGAAGGUGGCAGUGCGUGGUUUCGAUUCGGACAAGCAGGUCGACACGAUGGCCAUCAACGAUUUAGUUGCGGAGCCCACUGUGGCUGAGGCUGCAGAUAUUGAGAAGGCGAUCCGCCUCAGCUUGAACGACCUCGCAGGAUUCGAGAAGACUGGCGAUUCAUCGUCGUCGGCGUCGGCGUCGGUGACAGCGAGACGAGAACUCGCAGAUGUUGCUGUUGCUGUUGGAGGAUCCCUAUUCUCGGUCGAUGAUGUUGCCUCGCCAAAGGACAAGGAAGUUGUGAGAUCCAAUCGUCGUAUCUCCCGAAUGUAUGGACGGUCUCAACCAGUGGCUAACCCGGUUGCGGAGGAAAUUUCGUCGGUGACUGCAGAGGCUACAGCAGCAACAACUACAUCUACAGCAGCGGCAACGACAAGCGGAGCUCGGAACGAUAUCCUGGAACUGGACGACCUCUUUUCCUCACCUCCAUCCACGCCACCAAGGAAGCCUGCCGCAAACCGAUCGUUGUCUGAUAACUUCCGUCACUCGGCCGAUUUGGAUGACUUCUCACCCAUUGUCCUCGAGACUACGCCGACCAAGAAGCCUGAAGCCGGAAUGCCAUUGACAUUUGAGUCUGCACAGACCGGCCAAAGGACGAGGAUUAGGCCCAGGAAGUUUAUGGCCACCGAGCUCUUAGCGGCUAUGCUUCCUCGACCCAGGAAGUCGUUGGCACGGACUGCUGCAGUUCCCCGGAGUUCAAGGCGGUCCAAGGGCGGCGACAAUGUGUUUGAGGUUGAGAGCGACGUUUCUGCGGACGAGGAGGAAGAGGAAGAGGUUCUUGUGCGGCGCCGCACUACCAGAGCCUCAGGCAGCACUACCAGCGCAGCGAAGGCAGCCACGACAACAACAGUAACAGGAAAGAAGCUUGCUAACACCUCAACGAAAACAGCAAAAGCAGGAACAUCAAAUGCAACAAAAGCAACAGCAAAUAUUUCUAGUCAGAAACGACAUGCACCAACAUCGACGACAACAGCGGCACCAGCAUCGAAACGCUCACGACCUCAGAAAUCACUACCUGCUGCUGCUGCUGCUGCAGUUUCUUCAUCAGGACCCAAGUCCAAGAAGGCGGUGGUGGUGGAGAAGGAGGAAGAGGACGGGAGUCAUUGGACGAAGCAGCAGCGGGCGGCUCAUGAGGAGCGGAUCCGGUAUUUUGCGCAGAUCGAUGACUUUGAGCUCGAAGUUGAGACCUGCUAG